AUGUCGUCGACUAUGGACAAGCUCAAAGACAAGCUGCACAUCCGUCGCAAAUCCCAGUCCGAGGACACCGGCUUGAGUGCUGGCCAAUCCCACGCUGCCCAUGUUCAACGCGAGAGCUUCGACGAAGAGCUCGCGGCUGUACCUCCGGAAGAGCGAGAGGCAUAUUUGAAGGAGUUCGAGGACGCGGAUCGGACCGGGGAGAGUAAGAAGGGAGGUUUGAUUGACAAGCUGAUUGCUAGAGGCAACAAGAGAACCGAAGACCAGCUUGCGCAGGAGCAGAAUGAGAGGAGUGCUCUGGCGUCGGCGCCGAAGGACGGCGUCAUUCGAUAG